CACUUCUUUGCAGAACCAAAGUACCAGGAGCAGCAAAGUCAACGAGGGCCGUCAGCUGCCAAAUGGGCCUUUUGGGAGUGUUGCCCUUCUUGCUGGUCUCCUGCAUCACCUUCUUGCUUAUCCUAAUCUGGAGGAGAGAUGCCACAAAGGGCAAACUGCCCCCAGGCCCCACCCCAUUGCCUUUGCUAGGCAACUUGCUCCAGUUGAAUAUUCGGGACAUCAUCGGGUCUUUUAAUAAGCUCCGGAAGCAGUAUGGUCCAAUCUUCACUGUCUACAAGGGCUCCCGGCCAAUUGUGGUGCUGUGCGGUUAUGAAGUCAUCAAGGAAGCACUUGUGGAUAACGCAGAAACAUUUGGAGGAAGGGGACAAAUACAGGCCUUGGAUGACUCCUUGUCGAAAUACGGAGUGGUUCCAACCAACGGGGAACGGUGGAGGCAGCUCCGUCGCUUCUCCCUCUUAACACUGAGGAACUUUGGGAUGGGGAAAAGAUCCAUCGAGGAGCGGAUCCAGGAGGAGGCCCAGUUCCUGGUGCAAGUUCUGCAGAAAACGGAAGGGCACCCAUUUGAUCCAACCAUUCACCUCAGUCAUGCCGUCUCUAACGUCAUCUGCUCCAUUGUUUUUGGCAACCGGUUUGAAUAUGAGGACAAGAACUUCAUCUUUUUACUUGACACGAUAAAGAAAUCCUUCUCAGUUCUGUUGUCCACCUGGGUACAGAUCUGCAAUUUUUUCCCAAGCUUAAUGCGGAUCCUGCCUGGGCCUCAGCAUAAACUGCCCAGGUACAUGAAGAAGUUAAUAAACUUCAUCUCUCAGAGGGUCAAGAUGCACCAGGACUCCUUUGAUCCAAAUUGCCCCCGGGACUUCAUUGACUGCUUCCUGGCCAAAAUGGAGCAGGAGAAAUCAAACCCAGCUUCAGAAUUCAUUCAUGAAAACCUGGUUGCUACAGUUGUCGACCUAUUCUUUGCAGGGACAGAUACAACAGGCAACACCAUCCUACAGGGGCUUGUUGUCCUCCUCCGACACCCAGAAAUGGAAGCAAACAUUCAAGAGGAGAUUGAGCGGGUCAUUGGGAGGAACCGCAGCCCCUCCUAUGAGGACCGCAAUCAGAUGCCCUACACAGAAGCCUUCAUCAAUGAGAUCCAGCGAUUUCUAGACCUCUCCCCAUUGGCAGUUCCUCAUUUAGUCACCCAGGAAGCACAUUUCCGAGGGUUCACCAUUCCGAAGGGCACCACCAUUAUUCCUUUCCUGUCAUCCAUCAUGAAGAGCUCCCAGUACUAUGAGACACCCAGGAAGUUCAAUCCUGGUCACUUCCUGGAUGAAAACGGGGCCUUCAAGAAGGUGGAUGCCUUCCUGCCAUUCGGAGCAGGAAAAAGAGUCUGUCCUGGUGAAGGUUUGGCCCGUAUGGAGAUCUUCGUAAUCCUUACAACGCUGUUGCAAAACUUCCAUCUGAAAGCGUCCAAGCAGCAUGAAGAAAUAGACAUUGCACCAGUAGUGGAAAGUAAUGGACAUGUUCCACGGCGUUAUCAACUUUGUGUGGUUCCACGGUGAAUGGUCGUUGAGACAAGAGAGCUGAGAU